GCAAAUUUCCACAAUCUCAAACCCAUUAUCUGGCUUAGAUAUUAGUAUAACAACAAUGGCUUCAGAGGCUGUAAAUGUGAAUGAUUUCAGUGAAUUAGCAAGGCAAGUGCUUCCUAAGAAGAUAUAUGAGUUUUUUGCGGGAGGUGCAGACGACGAAUGGACACUCAAACAAAACAUCGAUGCUUUCCACAGAAUCAGGCUUCGUCCAAGAGUUUUGAUCGAUGUAAGUAACGUAGAUAUGUCAACCAGCAUAUUGGGAUUCAAGAUCUCUGCACCGAUCAUGCUUGCUCCCUCGUCUUAUCAUGGAUUGGCCAAUCCUGAAGGGGAGCUAGCAACAGCAAGGGCUGCAGCAGAGGCUAAUACAAUCAUGUCUUUGCAGAUUGUUUCAUUUGUCUCCAGUUACAAUGUUGAGGAGAUUGCAGCCACUGGUGAUGCUGUUCGUUUUCUUCAAGUCUAUGUAUAUAAGGACAGAAGUAUCUCAGCUGGAAUAAUACGACGUGCAGAGCGUGUGGGAUACAAAGCAAUUGUUUUAACAGUUGAUGCCCCGAAGCUUGGACGCAGAGAGGCAGACUUAAGGAAUGAACUUGUUACACCUGUUCCAGGGAACCUUAAAGGAUUGAUAUCAGAAACGGUGAGUGAUCAAAGACUAAUUAAAUUUAUGAUCAGUAUUUCCUUCUUAAUAUGAAUAAUAUGCUAAAGGAC